CGGGUGCCCACAGACACUGCCUUCCGUAGCUCUCUCGCCUCUGUCGUGUCGAAUAUUCGUGCCGUGGUUGGCUGCUUGGCGAAGGGCCGCUCGCUCGGACCGGUCCUUCCCCACUCUGCCCAUUCGCCCCGGCAAACGUCACCCGCACGCAGCCACAGCAGUCUGUUGUAUCUUGGGGGCUCGCAUACACGCGUUCAUCCGCUUUCCGUCAGACCACGUCGCACGCACGUACGCAUUCUCCGACUUUUCGCAUUGUUACCGGGAGUGGAACACUACAGAGCGGCAGCAUGGCGUUAGCAAUUAAGAAGGUCCUCAUCAGCGACGCGGUUGAUGCUUCCUGCGUCAAGAUCCUCGAAAACCACGGCGUCCAAGUGACGCUCAAGACCGACCACACCAAGCCCGAGCUGCUGGAAGCGAUCCAGGGGUACGACGGUCUCAUCGUACGAUCGGCCACGAAAGUGACGAGCGAUGUUAUCAAAGCCGCGCAAUCACUCAAGGUCAUUGGACGCGCCGGCACGGGUGUCGACAACAUCGACUGCGAUGCUGCCACGAGACAGGGAAUCCUUGUCAUCAAUGCUCCUGGCGGCAAUACUCUCAGUGCAGCUGAACUGACAUGCGCCAUGAUCAUCACUCUCUCUAGAGAAAUUCCAGCUGCCACAAUGUCUCUCAAAGGAGGCAAAUGGGACAGAAAGACCUUUAUGGGUAACGAGUUGUACGGGAAGACACUUGCUAUCAUUGGACUUGGAAGGAUUGGCAAGGAAGUGGCAUUGAGGAUGCAGUCAUUUGGAAUGAAGACCAUUGGUUUUGACCCCAUUGUUCCCAAGGAAGUCUCCAGGGAGUUCGGAGUGGAGAGCUUAAGUCUUGAUGAGAUCUGGCCUCUGGCUGACUACAUAACCGUCCACACGCCUCUCAUACCUCAAACUAAGGAUCUCAUUGGCAAAGCUAGCUUGCAGAAGUGCAAGAAAGGGGUGAAGGUCGUGAAUGUUGCCAGAGGUGGUAUUGUCAAUGAGGAUGACCUCCUGGCUGCCUUGGAGUCUGGUCAUUGUGGCGGAGCUGGGCUGGAUGUCUUCGUUGAAGAACCUCCCAAGAACACCAAGCUCAUUGACCACCCAAAGGUUGUCUGCACCCCUCACUUAGGUGCCAACACCAAGGAGGCCCAGCUGCGUGUGGCUCAGGAAAUUGCUGAGCAGUUUGUUGCCCUCUCCAAAGGACAGACUGUUCCAGGAGUGGUGAAUGCUCCAUCACUGUCCCAAACACAAGUUCCUGAGAACAAGCCCUGGGCAGAUCUCUGCAUUGCUCUGGGAAAGAUUGCAGCUGGGCUGGCAGGCUCUCUGGCAUCUGGACUGCAGGUUGAGCUGACUACAAGAGGUGCUGGGCUUGAGAAGAAGGGUCAGUUCCUCACAUCUGCAGCUUGUAUUGGCCUUCUGAACCAAUUUGGUCAAAGCCAUGCUAACUUCAUCAAUGUCACCGUGCUUUCAUCAGAUGCUGGUAUCAAGGCUUCCCACAAGCAUGUGCCACAAGCAGCAUUUGGCGAGGCUGAAGUUGUCCUGUCUGUGAAGAGUGGGUCUGUGGGCCACACUGUUGUAGGCACCGUGAGUGGCCCCACUCUGCUGCUGUGCUCCUUGGAUGGCGCUGCUUUUCAACCUACGCAGCUUCUGUCGCCUGGUGGCAUGCUGGUUGCAAUAGGAGACAACAGCCCGAACACAUUUGCCGAAGUCAUCGGUGCACUUGUGAAAAACGGUGUAUCGGUGCUGUCAGCUUCGUGUACCACUGGCCACGAAGGAAAGGCUUUCUACCUCUUCAGAACUGGCUCCCCUGUCAAGGCACAGACGCAACCACCAAUCACACCAUUGAAGUUCUGGACAUACAUCAACAUCUGAAGUCAUAAAAUUCCACCAAAGCAACGCAGCUGUAUUUUGAUAUGCUUGUUUAGUGCACUUUUACGCACCAAUUCUUGAUACGCUAAGGCACAUACAAUAAAAUUUAUAUAAACAACGAGCAAUAAAGAGUUCGUGCUGA